CCAGCCCCGGGGUUUGAAUGUCAACGGGCGCGGGAGCCGGGCCCGCCCCUUCCCUCCCCGCCACUCGCCCGCCCGGCAUGAGGAGACGGGGCUCGCUGCGCGCGGGGACUCCCGUGAGGCGCUCCAUGCGCCUGGCGCACGGUAGCGCGGCGGAGCCGGUCCUAAGAGAGGUUCCCAGUGCUGAGGGAGGGAGCUUUCCUCUCGUCCUACAGCCCCGGGCCAGCAUCAAGGCCCACAAACUGCAUCUCACUCCGGCCCGGGAUCCAUCGCCCACUCCAGCCAGUGACCCUACCUCCAUGCCAGCCAUGGAGCCCUUGCCAAUAUUAACCAGGGAGCCUCCACUGUCCCAGCUCAAGGAUGAACCCACUAGGACCGUGAUGAAGAGGGGCCUCUCCCAGAAGCCAGCAGUGAGGCUGGAGCCUUCCAGGAGCAAUAGAUGGGCAGCGCUGGACCAAGAUGCCCACUUGUCACCCUAUGUGAGGCUAAAGAGGCUGCAGAUCUCAGAAGAGGAUGAAGAAAAAGAGGAGCUUUUCCCCACCCGAAGUGAGAGCUCAGGGGAGAAAGAGAAGCUGAACCUGGACUGGCAAGAGUUCAGAGAUGAGAGAGCCCAGCUACAGGUGCUGGAGACUGUGCUGCCUGGCUCAGAGACAGCCACUGUCAUGGAGAUCACGGCCCCCAGGCUGCAGGGUAAAGCAGCCAGCAACACCCUCAGGCUGCAGGGCACAGCCCUCUGGCUGCAAGGCGGGGCAGCCAGCAGUCCCCCUAGGCUACAGGGUGGGGCGCCCAGGUUGCAGGACAGGGCACAGAUCAUCACCCCCAGGUGGCAGAGUGCAGCUCCCAGACUGCGGAGUGUGGCACCUGGAAUGCCAGGUCUGACAGAGCCAGAUACUCCCAGGGUGCGGCGCGUUGCCCAUGGAACACCGGGCUUGGCGAUGUGGACAGAAACUGCAGCACUCAGACCACCAGCCCCCAGACCCAAGAGCACAGGGAACCCGAGCAAGCAUUUCCUUUUCUCCUCCACCUGCUGCAUCCUUCUUUCCUUCCUGCUCAUCUUGGGCUUCUCUGGUUGGCUCUUGUGGGAGCACAGCAGCCCUGUCACUGUCCUGGGAUUGAUGGGGCAGUGGCAGCUGGGCUGGAGCCAUGUCGCCAGCCUGUGGAAAGAGCCAGAGGUGGAGUGCAGCCCGCAGUGCAGUUUGGUGCUGGUGGAAAGCAUCCCUGUGGGCCUGGAUUACAGCCACUCCAGCCCCCGCCACCUCCCCAUUUUCCAGGCCUGGAUGGACCUGUUGGAUGCAGCCAACCAUUCUGUGGACAUCGCAGCUUUCUACUUCACUCUCCGGGACUCAGACACGCAGGAGGAAGAACCCUCAUCCUGGCAGGGCAGGCAGGUGUUGGAGAAGCUGCGGGACCUCCCCUCUCGGGGGGUGAAGCUGAACAUUGCUGUGAACAGCCCCCAGAAGUCUGACUGGGACACCGAGGAGUUGGCCAGCAAAGGUGCAGACGUAAAUUAUGUGGAGUUGGAGCGCCUGACUGGAGGGAUUGUGCACACCAAGUUCUGGGUGGUGGACGGCAAGCACGUCUACAUUGGCAGUGCCAACAUGGACUGGCGCUCGCUGACACAGGUGAAGGAGCUGGGUGCUGUGCUCUACAACUGCAGCUGUGUGGCUGGUGACCUGCACCGGAUCUUCGCCAUGUACCGUGCACUCGGAGGGCAGGGGGCCUCACUCCCGACGGUGUGGCCAGCUUAUGUCUCCGCACAGUCCAGCCGCAGCCGGCCCCUAAAGCUGCAGCUCAACGGCAGCAGUGCAGAACUGUACCUCUCUAGCUCCCCUCCCGCCCUCUGCUCCAUGGGCCGUACUCCAGACCUCACAGCCAUUGUCAGCACCAUUCAGGAUGCCCAGGCCUUUGUCUACAUCUCGGUGAUGGACUAUGUGCCCCAGUGCACCUUCUGCCAGCCCAAGAGGUUCUGGCCGGUCAUUGAUGAUGUGCUGCGUGCUGCAGCCUGCAACAGGCACGUGAAGGUGAGGUUGCUCAUCAGCUGCUGGCAGCACUCGGACCAGUCCAUGUUCCUGUUCCUGGAGUCGCUCAGGGUCCUCAGCCGGGAACCUCUGGGCUGCCCGAUCGAAGUGAAACUCUUCGUUGUCCCUGCAUUGGUCAAGCAGAAACUCAUUCCCUUCUCACGUGUCAACCACAACAAGUACAUGGUGACCGACCGCCUGGCCUACAUUGGCACCUCAAACUGGUCAGAGGAUUUCUUCACCAACACUGCAGGGGUGGGGCUGAUCAUCAACCAGAGUGAGGCUGCCCCUGGGGUUACCCAGCUCACCCUGCGGGAGCAGCUAGAGGCUGUGUUCCAUCGGGACUGGAGCUCUUCCUAUUCACAGCCACUCAGCCCCAAGCCGAGCUGUGCCGCCAAGAACUGAGGGCAGUUCCCCGCCCGAAUGCUGGGACAGGCCCAGGACCUCUCCUCAUCUGGAUGUACAUUUGCAGCCUCCCUUGGAAAUCCAGCGCUGUGGCAGCUUGCACCAGACUGCUUCUGUUUCCCCCCUGCUCCGGGGAGGGAUCCCACUAGCCAAAGAAGGACCAGUGCAGGCAGCAGCAAUGAAACACCCGAGGGGGCCGUGGAUGCCAACACAUGGCUGUCAGCACUAGUGCCUUGGUGCUUGCCUUCUGAUUACACUCUGAAGCUGGGGGUGUGCGGCCCUGACAUUAGCUAAAUCUCAGGCAUAGGCAUGAACUUGGUGGAUGCUCUGGGGCUCAAGCACCCACAGAAAAAAAAAUAGGGGGUGCUCAGCACCCAUCAGCCACAGCUAUUGGGUGAGGCCUGUGGCUGGCCGCCGAACAGCUGUUCGGCAACUAACAGGAGGCGCUCCAUGGAGGGUAAAGAGGAGCAAGCAGCAGGCAAGAGGGUCUCAGGGGCAGGGGAGGAGCAAGCAGCAGGAAAAAUAAGUCCCUGCCUGUGGUCUCAGGGUCUAAAACCUUCUCCCAGAAGGGAUGGGCGCCUUCACCGGCAAAGGAGCUAGCCUUAAAUUUUAUUUGGGAACUGAAAUUCUCCAGUUUCAUGACCAGGUUUUUUUUUUUUUUUUUUUAGGUAGAUCCCACUCACAGGUGCUG